AGAGCUCCCUGGGCAACCCCCGGAAGAGAUAACGAGUGAGGAGGAGAGAAAGAGUGCCUUAGAAAAGAGUUCGUCCUCACGGAGCUCGUGGAGACGGAGAAGAUGUACGUGGAGGACCUGGGCCAGAUAGUGGAGGGCUACAUGGCAACCAUGCGUGCCCGGGGCGUGCCCGAGGACAUGGAGGGCAAGGACAAGAUCAUCUUCGGGAACAUCCACCAGAUCUACGACUGGCACAAGGAUUACUUCCUUAAAGAGCUGGAGAAAUGUCUGCACAACCCGGACCUGCUGGCGCAGCUCUUUAUAAAACACGAGCGCCGUUUGCACAUGUACGUCGUUUACUGCCAGAACAAACCCAAAUCGGAGCACAUUGUCUCUGAGUACAUCGACUCCUAUUUUGAGGAGCUGAAGCAGGAGCUGGGCCACAGGCUGCAGCUCAAUGACUUGCUGAUCAAGCCGGUGCAGAGGAUAAUGAAAUACCAGCUGCUGCUCAAGGAUUUCCUGAAGUACUACAGCAAGGCCGGGAUGGACACGGAGCAGCUGGAGAAAGCCGUGGAGGUGAUGUGCUUCGUGCCCAAGCGCUGCAACGACAUGAUGAACGUGGGGCGGCUGCAGGGGUUUGAGGGCAAGCUGACGGCGCAGGGGAAGCUGCUGCAACAGGACACCUUCUGGGUGACGGAGCAGGACGGCGGGUUCCUGCCGCGCUGCAGGGAGCGCCGCGUCUUCCUCUUCGAGCAGCUCGUCAUCCUCAGCGAGCCGCUGGAGCGGCGCAAGGCCUUCGCCACGCCCGCCUACCUCUUCAAGAGCAGCAUCAAGGUCAGCUGCCUGGGGCUGGAGGAGGGCGUGGAGAACGACCCCUGCAAGUUCGCCCUGACGUCGCGGGGCGCCGACCGCAGCAGCGUCCGCUACGUGCUCCAGGCCGCGGCCCCCGAGAUCGCCCGGGCCUGGGCGGCCGACAUCAGCCACAUCCUGGAGACCCAGCGCGACUUCCUCAAUGCGCUGCAGUCGCCCAUCGAGUACCAGCGGCGGGAGAGCAAGUCCCACAGCCUGGGCUGGGCGGGGGCCCUGCGGGCAUCGCCACCCAGCGGCCCAAUGCGCCCCCACUCCUCCGCCUCCAUGGACAGGAACACGGGGCCCAGCUUCCGGGCCUACAACUCCUCCCUGCCCUCCAUCUACCUGCCCAGCAGCCACCCGCCGCCCACUGAGCCCGCCCGCAGCCAGAGCUCCCACGCGCCCAGGACGGCCUCCCCGGCCCAUGUUUGCCUCGACUUCCCCGGGGGCCCCCAGCCAGGCGAGCCCCCCCCUGGGGCCCUGAGGGGGGCAGGCUGCCCGCUCCCCGAGCCGGGCUCCGACACCCCCAGCGCCCGGCUUGCCAAACUCGACGAAGACGAGCUGUGACCCACCCCCCCCCACUGGGGACUCUGAAGGCUGCUGCCCCCUCCCAGCCCAAGGAGUGACCCGCGAGGAACGGCUGGGCCCCCGCUCAGAGACUGGAGUGAAGCCGGGGAGACCUGGAGCCCCACACCCCACGCUGCCCCCCCCUGGGAGGAGGGGCAGCCAGGCAGGGACCAUGGACGUGACUGUGAGCACCUUCCUUUUGGCCAAGGACCCUCAUGCUGAGGGGGGCACGGGGGUCUGCCCCUCCCCCACCCAGGACCCAUCAGUGCAUGGAGCUGCCAUGGGGCUGGCAGUAGGGUGCUGGGGAGGGGGCAAAUGGGGCUCUGAACAGAUGGGAAGGGUGCCUCUGCCCCCGCCUGGGAGCUGGGUUGGACCCAGCCGGACCCCGACCCCGUCGCCCUGACCCCCAGCUGCGGCCCCCACUUCCCCCUGCUUUGUGGCGGGGGGGUGUUCCCAGACAUCCCCUCCUUGCUCCCGGGGAACGUUUAGCAGCCCCACGCUGUCAGGGCCCUUCCCUUCCCACCCCCCAUCUCUGGCCCCAGAGAUUGCAACAUGGCCGCCCCCACCCCCACCCCUCUAGCCUGGCCCAGCCGCCCAGCCCAAAGGCGGCUUCUCUCCCAGGCUUCACCUCUCCCCAUGGGAAUCAGGCCCCCUUUCUGGACCAGAGAAUGCAAUGCGGGGCCCCCCUGGGCCCACCCCCCGGGCCCGCAGGCCCCUGUAUAUGCAUGCUG